ACUGUUCUUAGGACGUCAUUGUAAAUAAGAAUUUGUUCUUAACAGACUUGCCUAGUUAAAUAAAAAUACCCAUGGGUAACAUUGCACCUGUCAUUUAGUAGCCUACAAGAUUUGCCCAAUACCGCUGACUACAUGAAAUAGCCUAAAUAAAAUAAAUACAGACAGGUAGGCUACGUACUGCCCUCCUGGGAAAGAAUUAGUGUAUAACUUAAGAAAAUGGUCUAUUGGAAUUAUAUUACAGCCUAUUCAAAACAGACCUCAUUAUAAUUCAUAACAUUAACAAUAUUCAAGGCUCAGCCACAAACUGACUUAUGUGCAUAAUUUCCAUGCCAGUGAUGAUAAUUUGUUGCAGGAAUGGCCAGUCAUCUUACUACAUAAUAUCAAAGCAUUCUUUAUUGAUACACUAUGAAUACACACUGUCAGUGCUGCUAUGGAAGGGACAGCCUUCUAGCAUCAGUGAACUGUGGCAGUAACCCGGUGACUGUCAUCAUCUGUCAAAGUCGAUACCAUACCACGACGUAUGCACAUGAAACACUACCUGCCUGCAGGACCUCAAGCACCGCUUCAAUUUUCACCAAGCAAUCAGAGGGACUCCAAACCGAAUAAGUUCGAUUUUUCCCUCAGAUAACCGACCAUCACAAGGACUUGGAUUGAAUUAUUUCCCUCAUCUGACUUUCAAAACGUGCGGCUAUAAAUCAUGGAGCACUAAAAUGGAGAGGAAGAAAAAGGUGUUAGUGUUCGAAAUUUGUGGAAGCAUGAUGUGGGAUGGAUAGAAAAAGUGCAACCUCUACUAUGGCCUCUAAUGACCCCAACCCUCUUGACCCCCCUGGGACCCCCCAGCCUGGUGACCUCAUUGAGAUCUUCAGACCGGCCUAUCAACACUGGGCUCUGUACCUGGGAGAUGGUUAUAUCAUCAACUUGACACCUGUUGACGAGAGUCAGGCUGCAGCCAUCUCCAGUGUGAAGUCAGUGUUCAGUCGAAAGGCAGUGGUCCGAAUGCAGCUUCUAAAGGAAGUGGUUGGAGACGACUCGUACCGGGUCAACAACAAAUACGACGACGACCACACUCCAUUGCCUGUCGAUGACAUAAUUCAGCGAUCUCAAGACCUCAUUGGCCAGGAGGCCACACGGGCCAUUGGAGCUAUCAGUUUGGUGACGGCUGCAGCAAGUGCCUUCUCUGUUCUUGGACUGAUCAACACACGCUCCAGAAACCGACCCUUCUGAAGCCCCUCAACAACAGCAGCACUGUCCUUCUUUUGGUUAAGAGGAUUGAUGGAUACUCAUCUUUACCCACUGUCAUAAAACAUGGAUGCAAUGACCUUUUGUAUCAUCAUUUGUAUGAGGCCAAGCAGACAAAGUACUGUAUACAAUAGAGAUGUUGCCAACAUUACAAUUAAUGCAGUAUCUUGCUGGAGAUACACAUUUGGAGAUGUUCAAAGGAUUGGUUGUGUGAGAAUGAAGUUAGAAUGAAAUGUAAAAUGUAACAAAAGAAUAAUCAAUAAAGAACUGAAAUAG